CUCCCUCUAAACUUUAAGCUAAAGACCUUAGAAGGUAUUGCUAUCGUCGAACGUUAUUGGCGAAAAUAUUCAAAAUAUCACGAAAGAAACUGCUUCAGUCGUAUAAUAAAUACUGGCGACGCCUUUAUCAAUACUUCGAGCUAUUCGCCCGUCGCUGCGUCGAGUAUUCUUAUCCUAGAAAAGUUUCUCGUAGGUGUAUUCCUAGCCGAGCGUAAAAUUCCCCGACGAACAAAGGACAAAAAUACUCUGGAUAUAGAUACUUUUGGUGUGAUUUACCGGUAUCACUGGGUACACGACCUAGCGUCUUACUUCCUUAAGACACCUCGUCGCCUUAUAAUCCAUAAACGUAAUAUCCUCUAUACUAUUAUCGAGUUUCGCAAUCUUAAAGGUCGACCGGAAGGCGCUGAUAGCGAUUAUCAACUGGCGCUUAAGGAGUUAGGUCGAGAUACUAGAUUCGAAGACGAUAUUGGGUAUUAUAAUUUCCGCCGCUGGACAAAAAUUUUACUAGCUAGGAGCGACAAAGGGUACUUAGGUAGUCUAGUAACGCGGUGUUUAAAAAAUAUUACUAAUCACAAUUUAUUACGCGCGACCUUCAGUAUAUCGUUCUUCUUCGACCCUCCUAAGAAGAACCCUGAAAUUCUGUAUAAGACCGUUAAAAAAGAUAUAGCUAAACUUCGGAAAACGUUAGCGAUCAAAACUCGCGAGUUAGCUAGAAAGGACUAUUUCAAUAAUACCCCUGUGCUUAAAGUUAACCGACAGAUUAAGCAAAUACUUCUCGGCGAAUCUAAUAUUGAGGAACGCGAUACUGAUAGUUCCGCUGAAGAAGACUAG